CGGCGUACGAGGCGGUGACAAUGGGAGCGGCGCGGGCGGCGUCGGGAGGCAGCUGACAGGCGUCUGCGGCUUCGCUUCAUGGCCGCCCUCCCGCCCCGCCUGGGCUCUGUGGGGAGUAGGGGAGCCCGCGGCGGCCCGGAGCCAGAGCUGGCGAGCCGACCGGGGACCUGUGCGCGGCGCCGCUGAGGCGCAGCAUGUGAAGAGGAGACGGCUUCCAGUGCGAGGCGAGCCUCUCAGCCGGCCGGGAUGGCUACGACGGCCGAGCUCUUCGAGGAGCCUUUUGUGGCAGAUGAGUAUAUUGAACGACUUGUGUGGAGAACCCCAGGAGGAGGCUCUAGAGGGGGUCCUGAAGCUUUUGAUCCCAAAAGGUUAUUAGAAGAAUUUGUAAAUCAUAUUCAGGAACUACAGAUAAUGGAUGAAAGGAUUCAAAGGAAAGUAGAGAAACUAGAGCAACAGUGUCAGAAAGAAGCCAAGGAAUUUGCCAAGAAGGUACAAGAGCUCCAGAAAAGCAAUCAGGUUGCCUUCCAACAUUUCCAAGAACUAGAUGAGCACAUCAGCUACGUAGCAACCAAGGUCUGUCACCUUGGAGACCAGUUGGAAGGGGUAAACACACCUAGACAGCGGGCAGUAGAGGCUCAGAAAUUGAUGAAAUACUUUAAUGAGUUUCUAGAUGGAGAAUUGAAAUCUGACGUUUUUACAAAUUCUGAAAAGAUAAAGGAGGCAGCAGACAUCAUUCAGAAGUUGCACCUAAUUGCCCAGGAGUUACCUUUUGACAGGUUUUCAGAAGUAAAAUCCAAAAUUGCAAGUAAAUAUCAUGAUUUAGAAUGCCAACUGAUUCAGGAGUUUACUAGUGCUCAAAGAAGAGGUGAAAUCUCCAGAAUGAGAGAAGUAGCAGCAGUUUUGCUUCAUUUUAAGGGUUAUUCCCAUUGUGUUGAUGUUUAUAUAAAGCAGUGCCAGGAGGGUGCUUAUUUGAGAAAUGAUAUAUUUGAAGAUGCAGCGAUACUUUGCCAACGAGUGAACAAACAAGUUGGAGAUAUCUUUAGUAAUCCAGAAACAGUAUUGGCUAAACUUAUUCAAAAUGUAUUUGAAGUCAAACUACAGAGUUUUGUGAAAGACCAGUUAGAAGAAUGUAGGAAGUCUGAUGCAGAGCAGUAUCUCAAAAAUCUCUAUGAUUUAUAUACAAGAACCACAAACCUUUCCAGCAAGUUGAUGGAGUUUAACUUAGGUACUGAUAAACAGACUUUCUUGUCAAAGCUUAUCAAAUCCAUUUUCAUUUCCUAUUUGGAGAACUAUAUUGAGGUGGAGACUGGAUAUUUGAAAAGCAGAAGUGCUAUGAUCCUACAGCGCUAUUAUGACUCAAAAAACCAUCAAAAGAGAUCCAUUGGCACAGGAGGUAUUCAGGAUUUGAAAGAGAGAAUUAGACAACGUACCAACUUACCACUGGGGCCAAGUAUCGAUACUCAUGGGGAAACUUUCCUAUCUCAAGAAGUGGUGGUUAAUCUUUUACAAGAAACCAAACAAGCCUUUGAAAGAUGUCAUAGGCUCUCUGAUCCUUCUGAUUUACCAAGGAAUGCCUUUAGAAUUUUUACCAUUCUUGUGGAAUUUUUAUGUAUUGAGCAUAUUGAUUAUGCUUUGGAAACAGGACUUGCUGGAAUUCCUUCUUCAGAUUCUAGGAAUGCAAAUCUCUAUUUUUUGGAUGUUGUGCAACAGGCCAAUACUAUUUUUCAUCUUUUUGACAAGCAGUUUAAUGAUCACCUUAUGCCACUAAUAAGCUCUUCUCCCAAGUUAUCUGAAUGCCUUCAGAAGAAAAAAGAAAUAAUUGAACAAAUGGAGAUGAAAUUGGAUACUGGCAUUGAUAGGACGUUAAAUUGUAUGAUUGGACAGAUGAAGCAUAUCUUGGCUGCAGAACAAAAGAAAACAGAUUUUAAGCCAGAGGAUGAAAACAAUGUUUUGAUUCAGUAUACUAAUGCCUGUGUUAAAGUCUGUGCUUAUGUAAGAAAGCAAGUGGAAAAGAUUAAAAAUUCCAUGGAUGGGAAGAAUGUGGAUACAGUUUUGAUGGAACUUGGAGUACGUUUUCAUCGACUUAUUUAUGAGCAUCUUCAACAAUAUUCCUACAGUUGUAUGGGUGGCAUGUUAGCAAUUUGUGAUGUAGCUGAAUAUAGGAAGUGUGCCAAAGACUUCAAGAUUCCACUGGUAUUACAGCUUUUUGAUACUCUGCAUGCACUUUGCAAUCUUCUGGUAGUUGCCCCAGAUAAUUUAAAGCAAGUCUGCUCAGGCGAACAACUUGCUAAUCUGGACAAGAACAUUCUUCACUCCUUUGUACAACUUCGUGCUGACUAUAGAUCUGCCCGUCUUGCUCGACAUUUCAGCUGAGGUUGAAUUUACAAGGGAAAUGUGUUGUACUUUAGCAGGCCUUGGUUGAUGGAAAGCACAGGAGAUUUCUUAAUGUGACACAGCCAACAUUUUAUGGAAAAAUGACUGGAGAAACAGCAGCCAUACUUACCCUUGAGAUUUUAUUUGAAAUUUGGACACUACUAGCCAUAUUUUGCUUUUUCCCCUUAAGUUGAAUUUUAAUUCCAUUCUUGAACUUACAAAUUUCAAAUUCUAAAUUUCAAAUUCUGUGAACCUACAUGUCACUGUUUUCAUCCUGGAAAAUGUUGGUGUCAGAAGACAAACGAGAUGUUAUCAGUGUUCCAGUUGACAUUCUUUAACAUAUUCUGUUGGAAAAUUUCACCGUCCUAUUUUGCAUUAAUGGUAAAAUCCAGCAAAACUGCAUUUAUUAUUUACCAAUUUUUAAUGACCUUUUCAGCACUUGAUAAUUGUUAAACAAGUUAUUUUAGGUUUUCCUAGAGAACUUUUGCCUCUUUCAAAAGGUUAAUAAUUGAGCAUAAUUUCUGUAGUUAAUUGGAUUUUUUCCUGAGGUACAACAAUAAUUUCCAAGAAAAAUGUUAUAAACUAAAUGAUGAAAUGUUUCAUGUAGAUAUUAGGAGUGGAUCAAAAUACAUCUGCUUUCUGGGUAAAAAAACUUAAAAGUUUACUAUUUCUUAUUUCGUAAACAGAUUUUAAGCCAAUGCUAGCAAGAAAUUAAUAAGUCUACCUUAUUUUAUAUUUCACUUAAGAUAAGGUGGAGGACCUUAACUAAAGGACCACAUUUAUUCAUUAUUUUAAUAUUAUAAGGGAAGUAAAAUGAGGUUUAGUCUAAACGAUGAAUAUGAGAAAUAUUGACAGUGUUUAGCAACAAUGCAGUCCUUUAAGCUUUCUUUCUUAAUGCUAAACUGGAAUAAGAUGGGAUGGCUAAACAUAAGUAAUACAUUUUAAGGGGAAUCAGGAAUUGAUAGAUAGCAUUAUAUAUUCUAAGUCUGGAGAUGAGCUUUGUAAAAACUGGUUGCUUUGCAAAUCUAUAGUUUCUGUCAUUAUCUUUUUCAAGGCAUUUCUGAAGCAGUUCUUACUGAUUGGAGUUAAUUGAAUUGGCUUAAUAUGGUGACAUAAUAAAUCACUUAUAAAAUUUUAAACAUCAAGUGGAAAUUUAGAAAGGCAAUAUAUUACUCUACAGUUUCUAUAAACUUGCUCUGCGAGAAUUCAUUCUUAUCUAUAUGUAAUGUUUCAGCUUCCUUUGUGGUGUUUAUAAUCUUCUAGGAACAGAUAAACUUUAACGUUCAGCUCAUUCUUGGCAUUUUUUUUCCUUUAAUGUAGUCUUGUAGCCUUUCUGGCCUAAUUUUGGCAAACUACUUUUAAGACUAUGUUUCUGAAUGGUCAUCAAUUUUACCAAAAUUUCCAAGUCCAGCGCUAGCUACUGUUUAAAUUACUAUUGACAGAAUAUUCUUCAUUUUCUCUUUAGCCCAGUUGUUACCAAGGUAAGGAAGAGAAACGAAGUAUGCCAACUUUUAUCAAAGCAUUUUAGUAAAUCGUGGCAGUUUUAGAAGGCUGUCUAGUUUUCUAUUCCUUAGCCAAGGGAAGCCAGAACAGAUUUUGGAUACUAGAGAAAGUCAUAUGCUUGUACUAUUGCCAUUUUAGAAAGCUCUGAUGUGAAUUCAAAUUAUACCUCUGUUACUGAAAGCCAACAGUUUUAAAGCAGUAGUUUUACUGGCCAUUUGAACUCUUUGUACACAGUGUCAAUUUGUAAAAAAAAAAAAAAAAAAAAAAGAAAAAAAAUCUUAAAUAAAACAUGAGAGAACAUUUUAAGACUUCCAAAUCAGAGAAGUGCUUCAAAUUAUUUUGUUUGGACUAAUUUUUAAAAUGUAAAGCAUAUACAUGUUGCUUAGAUAUUUUGUUAAUUAUUAUUUCCAUGCUUGAGUUUUGUGCAAUAUUUUCCAUUAUGUCCAUUGACCAAGGCAGUGACAAAGAAAACUCUUAAGUGAAUACUUAACUUAGAAGUGUUAACAUUAAUGUUUAAUAAACAAAUUCCCUGCAA